AUGCACCAGACGCAGACGAAGCCCUGCAUUGUUAAACGCAACUGCGCUUUUACUGUAUUUGACCAGCGCGAAAUCAAAAUAUUGACCUGUGCGCGCGGGGCGCUCUCGCUCGAGAUCAAAGCCAGCUCCAAGGCGCGGGCUUUCGUGGGCGAGCAGGUAUCGCUGCGAUGCUCCUUCGCGUCCUCCGCGCCCGUCAGCGAGAGCCUCACGGUGGACUGGAGCUACCGGCCCCUCGGCGGGGGGCCCAUGGAGACCAUUUUUCACUAUCAGUCUGUUGCAUACCCAACAACUGUGGGAAAGUUCAAAGACAGAAUAUCAUGGAUUGGGAAUAUUGCCCAGGGUGAUGCUUCCAUUGCUAUCCACAGCCUAGUGAUGAGUGAUAACGGCACCUUCAUCUGCAGUGUCAAGAAUCCUCCGGACGUGCACCACAACAUCCCCCAGACAGUCCUGAUAGUGACAGAGAGGGGUCUUUCCUUCCAGCUAACUUCAGCAAUGCUGCUGUCCAUAUUAGUAUUUCUCCCCUCCGUCCUUGUGGUCGUUCUGCUGCUGGUGAGGAUGGGAAGGAAAUUUGGAGUGCUGAAGGAGAAAAAAAAAUCUGGCUGUAAGAAAUCUUCCAUCGAAGUGUCUGAUGAGCCUGAAUACACAGAGACAGACAACUGCUUGGGGAGACUCAGAGUCUGGUGUUGGAAGUGUGUGGAGACAGAUGAUGAGGAGCCCUACUGAGGAGGGACCAAAGCGAUGGUGAAAGACCAAAAUCAUGGCAUUGAACAGCCUUGCCAGAUAGGUAUGAGGGCUGCUGGAUAAUAAGAACAGAUUGAAGGAACUGCUCCAAACUCGGUGGACUGGAAAAAUAAUGUUGAUGGAAUGAUUAUUUUUGAUUUAAGCACAGAAAUGAUUCCUGAUCCUUCUAACUUACUGGAAGAAAAAACACCAAACUCUUAAAAUGUCGUUUCUGCAGUGCCUUACAGCAUCCUCAGUGCCUACAGCUGUACAGCUUGUUACUUACCAACAACCUGAGGAUGCCGUGUUUCUCUGUUUACAUGCUGAUCCAUUUUCUACAUUGUCAGGGUGAUAUUCCUCUUUCCCUGUGCCACUGUGUUCAAAUUGCCUGAAGCACAAACUAAUUCAGAGAAUGUGGUUGCUCUCUAGGAUAAUGAUCA